AUGACCGAGCAGGCGACAUAUAUCAACAAGGUUCGCAAAGACUCUGAUGCUGCAGAUUCUAGUCACUCAAUGUCGCCUUCAAUCAUGUCGCCCAUCGGCUCUUUGCAGUCGAACACCAAGGGUCAUCGUGCGAUGCCACGAACCUCGUCGAUUGACUCUGCAAUCUCAUCUCUUUCCUCUGCUUCGCAGUCGCACAAGUCCUCGUUCGAUGCCAAGGCAGUGAGCCAGGCCGAUAUUGACAAUUUGAUAGCCGCGGCUGGAUCACCCGAGGCUGUCAUUAUACACUUGCUCAAAGAGAAACAUCAUGCGGCUUCUCAAAAUUCUCAAUUAUGGAAACUUGUGGACAAGCAGCGGACCCUGAUAAUGGGCCUGAAUAAAGACCUGGAACGUGCCCUAAAGGACAAGGAGCGGUACAAGAAAAAGGCCAAAGACCUCCAAACCGCGACGCCACCAGUCCCAUCCACGGAAGCUCAUACCGUGCACCCUCUUACUAUGGCAGCCAAGGGAGCUCUAAACGGCAAGCCAUCAACAGGCGAUCUUCCAACAAGCCAGAGCCGGAGCAGCGGGACUGCUGGACAGUCGCCGCGCGCCGAUGUCGUGGACAGCCAGGAUUCCCCAAUUACCACCCCUAGUCUGAAACAGAUGAUUGAGACUGAACUUCUUACCGAAGAACCCGACUUACGCUUCGAGUCGCAGAGUUCCCAGCAGCUGGCCUCUAUACAAGAGGCGUCCACUACGAGUCCAACUUCUCCAGCUUCGCUCGCCAGCCCAAGCUCUUCCACUCGAGAAUUCGGUUUUGGCGCAAAUAAGGGCCAAAGGUCUCCCAAUCCAGCGCGGAAGCCGCCGCCUGCGCCAUUGAAUCUAGGGCAAACGGACCGCACAGCGACGCAUCUCCGAGAAGCAUCCGACUCCGACUCCGAGUACGAGGAUAUUCUAGCCGUUGACGAGUCACCAAUAGAACGUGGGAGGAGAAAGACUCGGGCCGACGACGAUAGGGAACGUGAGGCAGCUCUAAGCCGUGAGCCACAGGAUCCCGAGACAGCACAAUCCCGGUCUGUCGUGCCUGUUAGCCCCCAGCCGCUAGAUGCACGCCGCGCAGCUCCACCAGAUUCUUUAUCAUCUGCUCUAAGUCCUCGUAUGAUGCCGCCCUCACUCGCGGAUCGGCGCAUGAUGAACGGUCCCAAGAGUCCAGGUCUACCGCUCAGCCCGAGGCCUGAGGACCGUCCUCUUGGAUCCCCAAUGCCUCGGUUGCCCAGGGAAAUGACAAGUCCGUUUUCUUCAUUGCACAUGGCCUCGGGGAACAAUCCCCUUGGGCUACCGCUAUCUCCCCGUUCGGGCCAGCAGCAAGCGCCGUUCACUCCCAGUGCCGCUAAUGCUCCUACGUUCAAUCGCCCUAUUCCGUCUAUUGAUGCCGCUGUGAGAAUCGACAGCCCUCAGACUCCGUCGCCCAAACUCACUGGUAUUUACCAAGGGCUGAGAUCCGACGAUUAUCCAAAUCUUCUUCUACCUCCGAACGCCCUUCCUCUCAUUCAGGUAAAAGUCUCGUCGUCCAGAUUACGGCCGUCCAGGAACAGUUACAUGGUAUCCAAGCCGUUGGAUGAAGAGCCGGUAUUUACACUGAGCGUUUUCUCACGCUCCGAGUCUUUAGAACUCUGGAGAGUCGAGAAAAUCAUCGGGGCGCUACCACAGCUUGAUCACCAGAUAAGACAGCUUUGUGCGUUCCAGGGAAGACUACCGGAUAGAUCCAUUUUCGGGGGUCAUUCUCCUGCAAAAGUGGAUGCCAGGCGUGUCGCAUUGAAUUCGUAUUUUGAUACCCUUCUCGACACUCCUAUGGAUGAAAAGGCAGCUUUGGUCAUUUGUCAGUUUCUUACUUCUGACGCGAUUGAACCUCGAGACGACGAAACAAGUUUGCUCAAGGGUACUCACCACGCAGGUUCUGAGCUUUUGCGCGGUCCAGAUGGGAAACCAAGAAAGGAAGGCUAUCUAACCAAGCGUGGCAAAAACUUUGGCGGCUGGAAAGCGCGCUACUUUGUUCUACAUGGCCCUGAACUCAGAUACUUUGAAGCGCCUGGUGGUGCUCAUAUGGGAACAAUCAAAAUUCCCAAUGCUCAAAUCGGCAAACAGUCGCAACCGACAGCUACUCAAAGCGGUUCUCCUCAGGCUGACGACGAUUCUGACAACCAAUAUCGUCACGCCUUUCUCAUUCUAGAGCCAAAGAAGAAGGACUCAUCCGCUCUCGUACGUCAUGUCUUGUGCGCCGAAAGUGACGAGGAGCGCGAUACAUGGGUGGAGGCUCUUUUAGAAUAUGUUGAGGGAAACGAUUCGUCCAGUCAAGCACCCAGCAAUGCCACGUCAAGAAAUAGGUUGUUUCCUAAUGGGAGCAGAAAGGGUAGCAAGGGCACCGAUAGCCCAGAUUUGGAUACCCCCGAUGCAGUUCAAGGAUUCAGCUACGAGAAUGCCAUACCCGCCGAACCGCCUGUUCUUGGGCUUCCGUCUGAACCAAAAACACCCAGAUCGCCCAUGUUUUCUUCCGGUCCGUUCCAGGACCCUGAUGGCCUAGUGGACCAUGGCCAAAUUUCAUCCAAAAUGAUAUCUGCUCCAACCAAUGGUGCUAUCAUUCAAGACGCUGGGGCCUGGGGUAAUAAGCCGACAACCAGCACCAAGGAGAAGAAACGAAGUAUUUGGGGCUUCCGUACGAGGUCAUCAAUUGAUCUUGCCUCACAGCUUCAAUCCGUUUCGGAGGGGCCUGCUCUCCAGAUUCACGGAGCUGGUGGUGAAAAGAGAGAUCUCAUUAAACCCGUCUUUGGGAUACCCUUGGUGGAAGCGGUCAGGGAUUGUGCUCCAUUCGACGUUGACGUAGACCUGCCUGCCGUCGUCUAUCGAUGUCUGGAGUACCUCAGAGCAAAAGGCGCAGAGUCGGAGGAAGGCAUCUUCCGGUUGAGUGGCUCGAAUGUGGUCGUCAAGGCUCUGAGGGAACGUUUCAACACUGAAGGUGACGUUGACUUUUUGGCCGGAGACCAAUACUACGAUGUCCAUGCUGUGGCUUCUCUUUUCAAGCAAUACCUUCGAGAACUACCCUCGACUGUUCUCACGCGGGAGCUUCAUAUUGAGUUCUUGCGCGUGCUGGGUAAGUACUGCCAUCUCUAUCAGUUCCUUGCUAAUACUGUCUAG